CUUUAUUAUAUCUCGUUUCCUUAUCACUAUCUACUUCUAUAUACUAUCUUUUCGUAAAAAAAAGCUUAUCUAACUCUAUUUUAAAUAUCGAUAUUUCUCUUGGCUAGACAAAAGUAUUAUAUAAUAAGCUCGAUAGAUGGUAAGAGGUUAAAUCCUUCAAGAUUGACGACCAAAAUCAUUUCCUGUUUUGCAACCUUUUCAGAGGAAGAUGUGGAUCUCUCAUCUACGUCGUCAAUCUGGACCUCUUCGUAGGUUGAAUGAUUUCACUUGGCAUCAAGUUUUACGCCCGUUUACCGAAUUAAAGAUUUACCUUUAUUCUAUCACUGCUGCCUCAAGUCAAGUAGCAAGUAGUAAUAUCGCCAAUUUCGGUCCAAUGAUCAUCAAAGAGAUGGAUUACGAAGGUGCAAAGACUAACCUUCUAAGCGCUGGUCCAUUAGCACUUUCCGUUUUCAUCAUGCUAAUCUGUGCAGUUUUGGCAGAUCGAAAAGGGAUGAGAUCUUCAUUGCUUUUGCCGUGUUUGUCGUUGAUCACCAUUGGCCAAUUUUUGAUCUUUUUCGAUACUCAUUCGAAAAGCGUUACUUAUGGUGCAAUGUAUCUAAUCGCCGGCUUCAGUGGUCCUUGCUCUACCUUAAUCACAGUAUGGUGCGCCGGAAAUAUCGGACCGCAAUACACAAAGAUGGCGACUUUGGCUCUUUGUCUAUUGAGCCACACGUCUGCAACGUUGAUCAGUGUUGAUCUGUUUCCUCCAACUUUGGCACGUUCAUUUAGCGGGAUCGAUUUGUAUAGUCAUCGUAAUUGUUUCUGCUUCUUUGUUGACGUUGGUAUUGUGAUUUGAGAAUCAUAAGAGAGCCUUUUGGCUGGAACAUCGUACGAUCCCAUGAAUUCCGUGUGGUAUUUUGUGUUGAGACUCGCAACACUUCCGUCUGUUGAACUUGUACCAUUUCUCCUGUUGAGACUGCUCCGGAGACUCUUGACGAAUCCUGUGUGGCAUCUUGUAUUGAGUCUUGUACCAUUUCUGCUGUUGAGACUGCUCCGCUGACUCUUGAAGAAUUCUGUGUAGAAUUUUGCGUUAAGUCUUGCACUUCCACCUUCCUUCCCUCCUUCUGCCCUUCCUCCUUCUCAGAACCCUUAAUCUGGAUCCAUUUACAGUUUCUCUUCUUCUC